UUGGAAAAUGGCAACCUCCUUGGAUAAGCAUGGCUCAUCUAAAACACUAUUUAUUCGAAACUUACCGUUUGACGCGACUGAUAGCCAACUAGAGCAUGUUUUUAAUGAAAUUGGACCAAUACAGAGAUGCUUUGUCGUCCGAACGAAAGGUGAAGAGAAAUGUAAAGGUUAUGGAUAUGUAAAAUUCUCGUUAUUGGAAGAUGCAAUCAAAGCACAAAAUGGUAAACUCUUCUUAAAUGGAAGGAAGUUACUUAUUCAUUCAGCUGAUAAAAAGAAGAAACCAGAGAAGAAGCCUGGGAGAAAAAGAAAGAAAGAAACAUUAGAUUCUGAUGAUGAUGAUGAUGAUGAUGAUGAAGGUGUUGAUAAUAAGAAAACUAAAGAAAGUGAAGAAAGAAAAAGAUCUAAUCAAGAGAAAAAAUAUCUAAGAUCUAUAACAUUAGUUGUCACAGGUAUUCCUAAAGAUGCACCACAAGCUCAAGUUGCUGAACUGGUGACAGAAGUUAAAAGUUUUUCUAAGAUAAUUUAUCCUGUCCAAGAUAGUGGUGAAGCACAUCUACGAUUUAAAUCGAUCCGUGAUACAAAGAGAGCUGAGAGAAAAUUAAAUAAUAAAAAAAUUAAAGGUAUUACAUUAAGGGCAGUUCAACUAUCAGAACAUCAGAAACGACCUCGAGAUGUUAAAAGAUGUCGUUUAAUCAUCAGAAAUUUAUCUUUUAAGUGUAAAGCAGAUAAUCUAGAGAAGAUAUUUUCUAAAUUUGGGAAAGUUGUAGAAGUCAAUAUACCCACAAAAGAAGAUGGUAAAAUGAAAGGAUUUGCUUUUGUUCAGUUAAAUGAUUUGGUAGAAGCUGAUGCAGCAGUUAAAGCCAUGAAUGGUCAAAAUAUCUUGGGAAGGCCUGUAGCUGUAGAUUGGGCAUUGUCUAUUGAUCAUUAUAAACAAGCAUUACACAGACAGCAACAACAAAAUAAUAAAGAAGAUGAAAAGAAUGAUGAUAGUGAUGAUGUAAAAGACGAUGAUGAAGGUAAUGGUGAAAGUGAUGAUGAUGUUGUUAUGUCUGACGAAAAAAGUGACAAAUCAGAUAAUGAGGAUGAUGAUGAAGAAGAUGAAAGUGAGUCAGAGGGGAGUGAUGAUGAAGAAGAAGAUAGUGAUGAUGAAGGAUUUGAUGAUAAUGAUAAAGAAAAAAGUGAUGAUGAUACUGAUGAAGAGAAGGAUGAUAAAAGUAAAUCCAAGAAAGAACGACAAUCUGAUGUUGAACAAGGAAAAACAAUAUUUAUGAGAAAUGUAUCUUUUGAUACAACAGAGGCUAAAUUAACUGAAGUUCUCAGCCAAUAUGGUGAUCUCAAAUAUUGUAAACUUGUUAAAGAUCCAGUUUCAUCACAUUCAAAAGGUACAGCAUUUGCACAGUUUGUUUCAUCAGAAAUGGCUAAGAAUUGUAUACAAGAAGCAUCCAAAGAACCAGAAGAUAAAGGUAUACUUGUUGAUGGAAGAAAAUUAUUAAUAACUUUAGCUGUGGAUCGGAAAAGAGCAGAAGAAUAUCGGCAAAAGGAGGAUAAAAAAGAAAAGAAAGAUAAAAGAAAUCUGUAUUUAAUCAGAGAAGGAUAUAUCCGACCGGGUACAGAGGCAGCUAAAACAUUAGAAAAAACAGAUAUAAACAAAAGACUUCGAAUAGAAGCAGUUAAACGUCAGAAGUUAAAGAACCCAUCAGUUUUUGUAUCAGCGACCCGUCUUUGUGUACAUAAUUUACCUACAACUUUAGAUGAUCAGAAACUACGGAAAUUAUUCACCAAGGUCGUAAAUGAUAAAUCCUCAAAAAUUACUGAGUGUCGUGUAAUGAGAGAUUUAAAUCGUGUCAAUGCUCAGGGAGUGGCAAAAUCGCGUGGUUAUGCUUUCAUAGAGUUCACAAAACAUGAACAUGCUUUAAAAGCUUUAAGAGAAACAAAUAAUAAUCCUGAAUUACUCGGAGAUAAAAAGAGACUAAUAGUAGAAUUUUCACUAGAGAAUAAACAAGCACUUGUAGCUAAACAGAAAAGAUUAGAAAGACAAAAGGCAAAACAAGAAUCAUUGAAAAAAAGUAAAGAGACUCAAGAUGGUGGAAAAGAUUUUAGACAGAGAAAUAGAAAUACUGAAAAACCUAAUAAAAUUAAACAAAAUUUGCAAAAUAAUGAAAAAGAAAGUAAAAUAGCCAAAAAACUGUAUUCUGGACCUGUUGGGUUUCCCAAACAUUUUGGUCCUAAAGUUCGCCACAAGGCAAGACCAUCAGUUGUGCAGGACAAUAAAUCUAAAAAUAUAACAAGGAAACCCCAUCCCCAAGAUUCAACAGGUCAAAAAAGAAAAAGUACAGAAAAGGAUACGACUAGAAAGAGAAAACGACAGAAAGCUGAGAUAAGAGAUAACUUUGAUCAGUUGAUUAAUAAAUAUAAACAAAAAUUGAUGUCAGAAAAGAGUCAAGCUAGUCGAAAUAAGUGGUUUGAUUAAUUUAAUGUAUACUUUAUCUACAGUAAAUGUAUAUAAACAUCUAUCAUUUAUCUCUUUCAUUAACACAUUUUCAUGUAAAUAUAUGUAAUUAUAUAUGUAAUGACUUAAUGGAUGUAAUCAUUUGUGUAAAUUACAUGUUGAUCGAACAUAAUAAAUGAAAUGUAAUCCAUUUGGAAGGGUGAUAUAAAUGUCUGAGCAAUUAUUAAAUUUAAAAGUGUUAAUAACUUAUCUCUGGGGAUGCAAAUACAUCUAUGUAUUUAUCUAUAAUAUGUAACAUAUCUUUUCUUUUUACCAUAUUCAAAAAGGUUUUUAAUUUCCUUGCCUUACCUAUCCAAUAUGGGGGGGGGGGGGGAGUUGACUGAUGCCAUUUGGGACAAGCUGGUAUUGUGGUAAUGUCAGUCUCUUUUGAUUUUGGAAAUUAUUUCUAGCCCCUGACUUAUAUAAUAGUUGAUAUAAUCAUAAGCCGAAGUCAAAGUAUUGAGAGCGAGUAGGGCAGGGAUUCUGUGUAGGUCCAUAUUUUUGACCAUAAUUAUGUCCCUGUGGUCCACAUUUUUUUUUUAAUACACUUGACUCCAACAUAAUCCAUAUUUCUUUUUGAAAUUUAUAUGUGUUAUCUAUCUCAUUAAUAAU